AUGACGGAAGGCGGCCGCGCCGUCGCAGGCGGGAACCAGCGCGAACUGGCGCGGCAGAAGAACCUGAAGAAGCAGAGCGACUCGGGCAAGGGCAAGCGGCGGGACGACGGGCUCUCGGCCGCCGCCCGCAAGCAGAGGGACUCGGAGAUCAUGCAGCAGAAGCAGAAGAAGGCGGACGAGAAGAAGGAGGGCGCCAAGUAGCCCGCGGCCGGGCCGGGCCGCCACUGCCCCGGGGCCGGGCCGCCCGCCGGCAGGAUGCCCAGCGCAGCCCCGGGGCCGGGCCGCCCCACCGGGGACCCCGGCAGCCCCCUGCGCCUGCCUCGGGUCCGUCUCCUAUUAAAGUAGCUUGUGGAGCCCUGCAA